GUUUGUCAAACACCCUUUUCAGAUCGCAGGGUUCAAGUAAAUAGCAGGAUUACUUCCUGCUAGUAAUAUUAAUGUUUCGUCAGAGCAAAGUAUAUGGAUAUUUUGUGCAGCAGAGAUGAAAUAUUUUACCGUGUUUUUGUUGUGUGAUUUGUUGGCGAUUUGGUCUUGCACGUACACGGUUGUUUACGGAGGAGGGCCGCCGAAACAUAAAGACAAGAAACAAAAUGACAAAAACCAGAAAAAUGUAAAAUUGUCAGACAAAACUGUUGAGGAGCGUGGUUUGAUUCAAGAGAACCCACGAACCAAGGACAUCUUGAAUGAAAAUGCCAACUUCUGCCGAAGAAAAGUGGAAGAAAGAAACUUCAAAGGAGAAAUGCUUGGCUAUGUGACACCGUGGAAUAAUCGUGGUUACGACAUUGCCAAGAUAUUUGGAGGGAAGUUUACGGUGAUUUCUCCAGUGUGGCUUCAGGUAAAAAGAUCAUCCAGCGAUAAAUACAUCAUCAAUGGAGGUCAAGAUAUAGAUAAAGAAUGGGUCAAGAUUGUCAAGAAAGGAAAGCGCUCCGUUAAAAUAUAUCCUAGACUCCUAUUUGAUCAAUGGACUAAACAUGACUUCAUCGCCGUGUUUCAAGAAGAAACAGAACUUCAAGCUCUCGCUAAAACCAUCUCAGCAUUUUACAAGAAACAUAAUUUUGAUGGAGUUGUUCUUGAGGUCUGGAGUCAACUUGGGGGACAAGCAAGAAUGGAGAUGCAGCACUUAGUGGUUGACAUAGCAGAAGAAAUGCACAACUCAGAUAUGAAAUGUGUACUUGUAAUCCCACCGCCUGUUAUGCAGAGUGGUCCUGGUAUGUUUUCUGCUAAUGAUUUCAAAGUGCUGUCACCGAUUGUAGAUGGCUUUAGUUUGAUGACGUAUGAUUAUUCCAGCGCUCAAUCGCCAGGACCUAAUUCUCCCAUUGACUGGGUGAGAUCCUGUGUGAAAGAUAUCACGCCUGAUCCCAAUCCUGAAGAAAGAGCUAAAAUUCUACUGGGGUUGAACUUCUAUGGCUAUGAUUAUGGCCCACAGUCUGCUGAAGCUAUGAUCGGUCCAAGGUAUCUAGAGCUAUUGAAGAAGCGGAAACUAAAAUGGAACACAGCACAAGCAGAACAUGUCUUUGAUUAUAAAAAAGAUGGCCCGUGGGUUCAUCAGGUUUAUUAUCCGUCCCUUAAGUCUAUUGAAGUUCGUCUUAAAUUGGCAGAGGAAUUAGGAACUGGAAUAUCUAUAUGGGAGCUAGGACAGGGAUUGGAUUAUUUCUAUGAUCUACUUUAAAGGCACUGGACACUAUUGGUAAUAUUAGUCUAAAACUUACCUGAUAAUGAGCAAUGGAGAUCUGUUAA